AUGAGUUCCAACACCAACGAGAUCACAGUUACUCUUCGACAAAUCGCCAAGAUGAUCGAUCACUCUCUUCUGCACCCCACCAUGACAGACGCCGACAUCCUUCAAGGCAUUGCCAUCGCCAAAAAGUACGGCGUCGCCACAGCUUGCAUCAAACCUUAUGCAAUUUCCAUGGCUAAGCAGGAACUUCAGGGCACUGAUGUCUUGAUCUGUCCCGUCAUAGGCUUUCCUCAUGGAAACAGCAGCACUGCCGUCAAGGUCUUCGAAGCUGAUGUUGCUACUGCUGUUGGCGGUAAUGAGAUCGACAUGGUCAUCAAUAUCGGCAAGGCACUCGGCGGUGACUGGAACUACGUUGCUGAUGAGAUUCGUCAAGUCAACAAUGUCGUUGUCAAGCGUGGGGCUAUUUUGAAAGUCAUUUUUGAAAAUGACUACCUGAAUCAGGAACACAUUGUACGCCUUUGCAAGAUCUGCUCGGAUAUUGGAGUGGCUUUCGUCAAGACUUCGACUGGCUAUGGUUUCGUCAAGCAGGCAAACGGCAUGUACAAUUACAAGGGUGCUACUAUCCCUCAUCUAAAGAUCAUGGUAGAGGAAUCUGGCAAAAAUGUCCAGGUUAAGGCUGCCGGAGGUGUUCGUACCCUUGACGAUUUGCUGCAUGUUAUGUCACUAGGCAUUACACGUAUUGGCGCUACAGCUACAGUUGCAAUUAUGGAGGAAGCGGUUAAGAGGGGAAUCACGGACCAGCCUACUGCGGUUACGUUCAAGCCCAUGGUCGAUAGCUCAUUUAAGGCGUUUCAGCAGCAUGACGCUGUCUCACCCGAAGGUGUCGAAUUCUCGGCUCUAAGAUCAGAGACUUGGGCUCAAUCUAAAACCACUGCCGAAAAUGACACCAACAAUAUUUUUCCAAGACAUGUCGCUGAACGGCCUAAAGACAUCGAACUACAACAAAGCAACAUCAAGUCCAAGCCGUCCACCGCCGAGAAGGAACUCAUGUCUUUAUUACCCGAAUUAGGACCCGCGACUCUCUUGGUCGAAAACUAUUUUGAUCGGAUCCACUGGUUCAUAUUAGUCUUUCACCAAGACGAUUUUAGAAAAAAGUUCCAGGAUCUUUAUAGUUACACAACAUUUUCUUCCGGUUCCAAUGCUCCAUCGAGAGGUAUAGGCUUUAUAGCUGUUCUCUUGGCUGUUUUCGCGACCAGCUUGCAUCACAUCGGUGCGCAAGAAAACAAGUUAAAGUCUCAUAAUGUUGAUCCGAAAGAACUGAAAGACAGGAUGCUAGCCGCCCUUAAACUGAGAUUCUUGGAUAUUGUAUCGAGAGGGUCUCUUGAAGCGGUGCAAUUCUGUGUUUUGCUGGGAAGUUAUUACCUCUACCACGGUGAACCUGAAAUGGCUUGGCCACUAUCUGGUUCUGGAUUGCGAAUCGCUCAAGCACUUAACCUUCAUCGAAAAAUGACACCUGGAGAUCCUAGCGAUCAAGCUCUGAAUCAGCAGAUACAAGACCGGAAACGGGCCUGGUGGGCCGUCUACGAGAUCGAUACUUUCUGCUCCAUGCUUUAUGGAUUUCCCCUGGGCUUUUCCGAUAGCGAUUGCAAUGUCGAGACUUUGGAUCCAUAUGAUGAGUACUCUGGAUCAACUAAAGAGUCACGUCAGACGAGGAGACCAUCCUUGUUGUUCUACAAGUGUUCAAUGUCGAGACUGUCGGCUAUUGCCAAGUCCGCAUUAGUUGAGCUGUACGGCACUCGGCAUGGUGAUCGAAAGAGAACGAACAGCCUAAAAGGCCUUUUUGAUAAAGUGGCGGCUUUAAACGGGCGUCUCCAAGAGUGGCAUAGAAGCCUGGCUCCGAAGCUCAGAUUUGAUAGUCAUGACUCUCUGUCGGACGUUCAGAUUACGAAGGACCGUGAAAGAACUGGACGAGAAUUUGAAAAUUAUCUGUUCCGCCUACAAGCGCUUUCUCUCAAGCUGGCGUACGAAAAUGCGAAAAUUUUAAUCCACAGGCCUCUUCUAUCAUUCAAAAUGGCCAGGUUGACUUCAACAGACACUACCACUUCGAAGACUGACCCAUUUCGGCUGGCGAUACAAGAGUGUAGGGAAGCUGCACUACAGAUAUCAAAAGUCGCUUCGACUCCAUACCUCUUGGAAGCAUCUGAGACAUAUGCUAUAGCUGUUGUGUCACUGCACCUCUUAACGGCGGGCGUGACACUCUGUAUUUCGAUAACCCUUGAUCCUUUGACCUCCAACUCGAUCGAGGCAAAAUUUGGGAUACGGCAGCUAAUGCAGGUACAGACCCUUCUCAAGGAUAAGUCAAUUGUUGCCGCACAGAGUCUGGAUAUCACGAAAAGAUUGAUGGGUCUUGUGGCGUCAAAGGAAGAUCAAGACAUGAACGUCUGCGUUGACACUUCAUUAAAUGACACCCUCUUAGAAUAUGAACAAGCGGCCGGUCUUCUAUUUACUGGAGAUAUUACAUAUGAUCCAGGUGACUCAAUUCUGGACAAUCCUUUCCUGGAACAGAACCAAGGCUGGAUAUGGGGUUGGAACUUUCUGCAAUAG